UCCAGAAGCCUGGUGGGGCCAAUGCAGUGGACCGUUGUACUGGUGGAUGGGGCAUGCCCGCAGCUGGGGCUUUAAGCUCUCCUUGUUCCUCUUUUGCAGGUGCUUGCCACAGUGCUCUGGGGGGCAGGAGGACAUGCUCCACCCCGCCACUGGGGUCCCCACGUGGCUGCAAAGCUGAGAGCCUGCCGGGACAUGGCACAGUAGGCAGCGCCGAGGGUGACCGGUGUUGAGCUACCCGGACGCAAAUGGAACGCAGCAGCCGGGGCGAGGCGGCGGACAUGGAGCCAAGCGCGGGGCCUGGCGAUGCCGACAAGGCAGUGAGCCACAGCUGCUGCAUCUGUGGCAAGAGCUUCGCCUUUCAGAGCUCCCUGUCGCAGCACAUGCGCAAGCACACGGGCGAGAAGCCCUACAAGUGCCCAUACUGCGACCACCGUGCGUCCCAGAAGGGCAACCUUAAGAUCCACAUCCGAGCGCAUCGCACGGGCACCCUGGUCCAGGCGCAGGCCCAGGCACACGAGCCCGAGGCAGGCGAGCCUCGCGUGUCCGAGGGGCUGGACGGCUGCACCAGCCCCACCAAGAGUACCUCGGCCUGCAACCGCAUCGUCCACGGCGGCAGCCGCAAAAGCACGGGGGCCGUGGGAGCCCUGCCCGAGGAGGAGGACGAUGAGGAGGACGACGAGCCAGAAGAGGAGCAGGAGGAGCGGACGCCCGCGCAGUGCUCCUUCUGCCGCAGCCACUUUGCGCGUCGCAAGGAGCUAGAGCGGCAUGUGCGCCUUGCUCACAAGCCCUUCCGCUGUCGCCUCUGCAGCUUCGUGACGCUGCGCGAGGAGUCGCUUCUGAGCCACAUUGAGAAGGAUCACAUCAGGGCACAGGGCCCCUGCACUGGAGGUGGCGGAGGCAGUGAUACAGCUGGGGCACAAGCGGCUGGGACGCCUGAGCUCCCCAGCAAGGCCGAGCCUCCAACCGGCGAAUUCCCAUGCGAGGUGUGCGGCCAGGCUUUCAGCCAAACGUGGUUCCUCAAGGCGCACAUGAAGAAGCACCGUGGCUCCUUCGAUCACGGCUGUCACAUCUGCGGCCGCCGUUUCAAGGAGCCCUGGUUCCUCAAGAACCACAUGAAGGCGCACGGCCCGAGGUCGGGCGGCAGGAACCGGCCGCGAGGCGAGCUGGAGCCCCUGGCCACCAUCAACGACGUGGUGCAGGAGGAGACGAUCGUGGCCGGCCUGUCGCUCUACGAGGUAUGCCCCAAGUGCGGGAACCUGUUCACCAACCUGGAUAGCUUGAACGCGCACAACGCUAUCCACCGGCGUGUGGAGGCCAGCAGGACGCGCACCCUGGGUGCGCCCCCAAACCCCGAUGGUGCCGUCCCCAACUCGCAGCAGUGCCGCUUCCUGCAAUGCUUGAAUUUGCAGCCGGUGAGUGACGGCCCUCUCCAGGGCCCCGCGGGUCAGCGGGUAGCCGAGCUGGACCCGGUGAACAGCUACCAAGCCUGGCAGCUGGCCACGCGUGGCAAGGUGGCUGAGCCUGCCGAGGCGCUCAAAUACGGUGCAUGGGACGAAGCGCUGGCCGGGGACGUGGCCUUCGACAAGGAGCGGCGGGAGUUCAUCCUGGUGAGCCAGGAGAAGCGCCGGCGUGAGCCCGAGCCCAGCACGCCGGGACCCUCACGCAAGCGUUCCGGGGACCUCGCGCCUCCCGGAGUGCCCGAGCCACGGCCCACCCCGCGACCCAGCCGCCGCGCGACUGCCCCCACCAGCCAGGGCAAGUCGUCCGAGUGCUUCGAGUGCGGCAAAAUCUUCCGCACUUAUCACCAGAUGGUGCUGCAUUCGCGUGUGCACCGCCGUGCACGCCGACACUUGGAGCGCGCGGGUCCCGGAGACCAGGAGCAUGCAGCGCGUGGGCGCAGUGGGUCCCUCAGCGAGGGCGACUCGGCCUCACAGCCCAGCAGCCCGGGCUCAGCCUGUGCGGCCGCCGACUCCCCCGGCUCUGGGUUGGCCGACGAGGCUGCUGAGGAGAGUGGAGAUGACGGCACGGCCAACCCCGACCCUGAGCCUGCACCAGAGCCAGAGUCACGUCGCUGCUGCGUCUCGGAGGAGGUGGCCCCGGCCACACUCGAGAAUGGAGACUCGGGCCACCAGGUGGGAAAUAGCCCAGUGGUAGCAGAGCCCAGGGAGCCCCAAACACGAACGGCACUCCCGUUGCUGGGGAGCCAUGGCCUAGACCCACCUGAGAGGCCCGAGCAGCCCCAAGUCUCUGUGGACCUGAAGCCUGAGGCCGCCGGCCUGUGUGGUGCUGACCUCGAGUUCCUGGGAGCUGCUGGUCCACAGCUCCAAUCUGUGAAGGAGGAGCCUCCGGGCGAUGGGAAGAAGGCGGCUACCCCCGCCCUGACACCACUGGACCUAAGUGAGCGGUCCACACGGGGUGGCCCUGGCCACCGGGAGCUGGCCUCGUCCCUGCAGGCUGCACUGGCUGUCCACCCCUGCGCCUUCUGCAGCCACAAGACACACUACCCCGAGGUGCUCUGGAUGCAUAAGCGGCUGUGGCACCGCGUGAGCUGCCACACCAUGACUCCCCAGUGGGUCCCACCCAACGGCCACAGGACUAUCCGCAACCACCUGGUGUUCCUGACCCGCAGUGGGCGCACCGGCCCCCCGCCUGCCCUGGGUGGCAAGGAGUGCCAGCCGCUGCCCAUUGCCCGCUUCUCCCGCACGCAGGUGCCGGGUGGGGCGCCAGGGCCCAAGGGCACUACUUCUACUCCGCUGGCAUCGGCCAAGACCACCGGCUUGCCCAAGAGCAAGGAGGGUCCCUGGCCUGCUGGCCUUGAGGGGUCCCGUCCACCCAAACCCAGCCCAGCACCCGAGCCGCCCGUGGCCCCACUGAAGCCCAAAGCCGAGGCCAGUACUCGUGCCGGGCCUGCCGUGGGCAGCAGCUUCAGCCGUGGUGCAUCCUCCACGCCCAGUGUCAUCACCCGAGUGGGCCCCCAGACCCCAGGUUCCGCCCGGCCCGGGGACAAGUUCACCCUGGUGGCCCCGGGCCCCACGGUGAAGCACAGUGCCCCGGACCCCCUGAAAGCCAAAUGCAGCCCCCAGCCUCAGGCCCAGUCUCACGGGAAAGGCGAUGGGGCCCCCCCUCUACCUCCCCACGAUUCCCCCUCCAAGGCGGGCUGCGGUGGCUCCCGGGGCAAGGCAGCUGCCACGACCCAGCCGGUGCUGCACACCAUGACAGAGGAGCCGGCCGCUGAAGGCCGUGAGAAGCGCCUGGACAUCCUCAGCAUCUUCAAGACCUACAUUCCAAAGGACUUCGCUAGCCUCUACCAGAGCUGGGGGGCCAGCAGCCCCGCACUUGAGCACCGAGGGGAGAGACCAUUUUAAUGCCCACCGUCCACAUAGUGCCUCUCAGAACCAGAAACCCAGACGGGAGCACUUCCACCCAGCACCCCACGACCGCCACCACCCAGCCCUUCACCACCUCCUUAGCUUGCUGUGGUGCCCCUUCCUUCAGUGCCGGACAGUGGAGAGCCUGUCUGGGCGGGGCCAUAGAGCUGGAGCUGCUGUGCCCGAGCCAGGCCAUAUCUGCUGUGCCGGAGCCGAGCCAUAUCCCGGAGCCUCUGUGCCCAAGCCGCUAUGCUGCCCCAGCAGAGCCCAGCCACAUCCUACAGCACUGUGCUUGAGCGUAGCCAUAUCCUGCAGCUGCUGUGCCGGAGCCGGUGCUGGAUCCACUAUGUCGGGGCCUCUGUGUCAGAGCUGCUGUGUUAGAGCCGCUGUGCCGGAGCCACUGUGUCAGAGCUGUUGCACCAGAGCUACUGCGCUGGAGCCAUUUCGCUGAGCUGCUGUUCUAGAGCCGCUGCGCUGGAGCCGCUGUCCCGGAGCCUCUGUGUCGGAGUUGCUGUCCCAGAGCUGCUGUGCUAGAGCCGCUGUCUUGGAGCUGCUGCGCUAGAGCCGCUACAUUAGAGCCACUGUCCUGGAGCUGGCCUGUGCUGCCCUGAACUCCCAGCAUGGUGCUGCCCUGGACCCACUCCGCUCUCCACAUAUACACUCCGGGCUCAGCCUUGUCCCAGGGCUUUGUGCAGGCCCUGGGCACAGCAUUGUGUCACCUGUGGUUGGGUCGAAGUCAAGUUCAAGACACUGGAAGAAAAGACUGAGAGGAUAGUGGGGGCUGCAGGGGUGAGGUGUGUGGGCACUGUACCUGCCUUGUGAGCACUGCAAAAAAGGAGUGAGGGAGUGAGGUGCCUGGAGCUUGCCUGGGCGUGGUAGGAUUGGGGUGUUCUGGCACCCCCCCACUCACCCUGGGCCUCGCUGGCUCCGGCCAUGGCCAUGGGAUCUGGGGAAGCUCAGACACGACUCCGUGUUCAUCUCAGGACGUCCCAGCACCAGGGCUGCUUGGAAAUGCGCAGGGGGGAGCCGUCCCCCAGCACUUAGCCAUGGACCUUGGGGCGGGAACCCCACAGCCUCAUGGAAGAAGCCAGAGUGGAUUGUAGGUUCUCUGGAACCUUCUGCUCCCCUGCCCUGUCCCGCCUCUUUGCCCUCUCCCACAAGCAGGUGUCUUUGGGCCUUGGGUCCUGUCCAGGGGACUGGGGUCCCCCCCACUCUCUUAGGACCACCCAGCCUUGGGCAGGGGCUCGAUUACCUCUUCCUCACUCCUGUAGAGGCACAUGCCGGGAGCAGGAGGCCCUGACAGGUGUGAGUCGAGCUGUGUGCGGGUGCAGGGUGGCCCCGAGACACAGGCCCUGAGCCCUGUGUGGGGCCGACCCAAUAGCUCCACAGGUUUUGCACAGAUUUUAUGCAUCACCCAUGUUACUGCUGCCUUGAAAGAAAAUGUCCUGUGAAAUUUUUUGCAAAAGCUUUACUAGUUUUUUUUAAUUGUGAAUUUUUUUUGGGGUGGGGGGUAAAGGCAGGUAAUGGAUUCCCAUGCGCAUGCUAAAUAUAUUUUUCCAAGAAGCAAUAAUUUUACAUGUACAGAAAUGACCCUGAACACCAGUGAGAGCGAUCGUUUACCGAACAGUCAGAUUUGCGUGUUUUUGUUUUUUGUUUUUCUUUAUUUU